AUUUCUUUAGUUUAGGAGAAUGCUAUGUACAGAUCAUUCGAAGUGCUUAUGUGCAAUAUUAUUUUUACCCGAACUCAAGAUCCACUAUGGGAGUUUAUUAUUCUUUAAAUAAAGAAAAUGAAUGUAUUCAUAAUAAUAUUUUAAAAGGAAUAGUUGUUUCAAAUAUUCAUACAAACAAACGCAAACAUUUUGGUUCAAGGAAAUAUUCACGUAAAUCCAAUUUUUAUAUAAUUGAAGUGAUAAAUAUUACUGCUAAAAACAAAAAUAUCUUCGACCAUAUGAGUAAAAGUUCAGAAAUUAAAUCCAUAGAUAAAUCACAAGCUAUUUCCAAUCCAUCCAUGAACUCAAGAGAAUGUGUUUCGCCUACAUUACCUAGACGAAAGUCACCAACACAUGUUCACGCAAAAAUCUUUAAUAGUUGUGUUCCUCUCUCUGGUCUACGUCGAUCAUUAUCCUUGCCAAAGCAGAACAGUCUGUUCAAUAAGAACCUUUCUCCCGAAUCUAGAUUUGGAAUACUAGGAUCGAAGUGCUUGUCAAGAAAUAAUUCAAAGGGCUCGGCAACAGAGGGAAACGCUUCACCCGUUGGUGUCGAACACUCCCCUUCUUCUACUUGUUCUAAAGAUCCAUUAUUCAAGUGGAAAAGUAGUAAGCAUAACCAGUCAUAUCGUGAUAAACGUGAUAAGGAUUUUGACUGUGGUCAAGAUAAUCUUGUAUUCGAGAACUGUCUGGAUUGCAUCGAUGACCAAACAACAAAUACAACCACUAUUUCCAGUGACUAUACGCCUUCCACAGAUGACUGUUCCUCCAUUUUUUAUGACCCCAUACUAGCUAAACUUGAAGCGGAAUUACCUGUUCCACCGCCUCCUCCACGUGCUUGCCCACCUUGGCUUAAAGCUGCUCUUGCUAAACAAGAAGCUUUAGGCAAAGAACCAGUACAAAAGUUUAAUUUCAAAGAUAGAUGCUGCGUAUCAUCUUCAUUACAAUUACCUACAACUCAGUUGUCUCCUCUUCCAUCUGACCUAGAUCAACAUAAGGCUUAUAGCCUUGGAAACAGUCGUUUUAAUGUUCGCAUUUAUCCGAUUAUACAAAAUGGAGUAAAAAUAAGUGAUACACACUACUGGCUUCUCGAUCCUCCUCGAUCUAAGACAUUACGUGAUAACUCUACACUUAUGCGUAGAGCAACUGAAUGUGUACGAGUCCCCCCAUCUUCACCAUUGGAUAUUUAUUCAACAAUUGAUGGUUAUACAAACAUUGAAUCCACCAGUUUAUGUCCUCCAGACGAGUUACCACUCAAAGAUGUCAAGCUGAGACGUGGUAAAUCUGAAAAUUGUAAAGAUUUUUUAAAGAAUUGGCAUAAAGAACUAGUUUUACGUUUGAUGAAAGAAGUUCCACAAGCUACUGAAUCCGAAUGUCAAGCUGUACUAAUAGGCAGUAGUUAUGAUUAUGAAGAAGCCACCAGGCGAUUAAAAUUUGAAUUAUUAUGCCGUAAAGGUUAUGUGUCUCGAUCACACAGUAAACGUUUAUUAUGUAAAUAUAAUUGGGAUUUAGAUGCAGCUAUUUCUCGAGCUCGUUAUGAGUAUGAAUUUCGGAAAUUAAAACGUCAAGAAAGAGAACAAAUAUCAUUCGAUGAUCAAGAUCAAUCAUCAUAUUUGAAUCAAACAAGAGGUCGUAGUAAAUAUUUAGCACCUCAUUCAUCAACUUCAUCCGACUCGUCUUCGUCACCUUUACCAUGUUCUAUUCAUCAUCAAUCGGUCAUUUCACCAUGGUAUGAUGAAGAUCGAAGAAGUAAUCUUUUUUAAUUUAUUUUGAGAUAUAAUUUCUACAGAAAAGAUGUAUAUUAUUUUAACUCAUUUGACAGUGAUUGUGUAUUAAGAGUUCUGAAUGAACAUAUAUAAAUAUUCAUGCAUAGAUGCACACCCACACUCACACAAAUACACAAAUCCCAUACAUCAAUCAUUUAUCAUUUCAAACUGAAGGAAGAAGAAAUUGUUGAAUAAUUGAUUUUUCUGAUACCAAAGGUAAACCAAAUAUAUUUUUAUUUACCAAUUUUAGUUCAUAUAUUCUCUAACGAUCAAUAAAUUUGCGGUUUGUUUUCGUUUUCUUUCCUUGUACUUACAACACUACCGGUGUGUUCAUCUAGAUGAAUGAAUUAAUUAAUUAUUCGUGACAGAAUUGUCAUAAUUUAUUCGAUUCUUUUUUUUUCUUUUCUUGGAGUAAGAGGUGAAGGAAAAUUGAUAGAGGUUGUCAUUAAUUAAUUUAUUUAUUUUUACCGCUGUAUUCAUUGAAGCAUUUACAAAUUUGUAACACAGAAAACUGUAAUGCACUUUAUAAACAUAUAUAUUUCUAAAGUUUAUUUAUUUUUAUUUAUGGAACUAAACAACUGUGUUGUACAAUAAUGGGAUCUUCUGUAUUGAAUGAAUGCUUCCUUUUUAUAAAAUUCAGAAUGCGCACACUUACAAACACAUGUACAAACAAAUAUAUUUAUACA